GUCAGUAGUCAUCUCCUGUGCUGUCCGCCAAGUCUUGGUCAUCUCCUGUACUAUUGUCCGCAGUCUCUUGGUCAUCUCCUGUACUAUGUCCGCAGUCUCUUGGUCAUCUCCUGUACUAUGUCGCAUCCUAAGAGCAUCUCCUGUACUGUGGUCCGCAGUCAAAUACUUGGUCAUACUCACUGUACUGUGUCCGCAGUCUUAUCAUCUCCUGUACUGUGUCCGCAGUCUCUUGGUCAUCUCCUGUACUGUGUCUCGCAGUCUUAAAAAUCAUCUCCUGUACUGUGUCCGCAGUCUCUUGGUCAUCUCCUGUACUGUGUCCCAAAAUCAGUCUCUGGUCAUCUCCUGUACUGUGUCCGCAGUCUCUUGGUCAUCUACUGUACUGUGUCCACAGUCUCUGGUCAUCUGUACUAUGUCUGCAGUCUCAUCAUUAUCAUUUCAUUUCCCUGAGCCGGUGGUCAUCUUUCUGUCUGCAGUCUCUUGUCAUCUCUGUACUUUGUAGUCUCUGGUAACCCUGUACUAUGUCUGCAGUCUCUGGUCAUCUCCUGUCUAUGUCCGCA